GCAGCGAUGGAGCUCCUUCGGCUGCUGCUCAUCGCGGUGCUGGCUUCGGUAACCCGGGCGGCCGGCGGAGCUGAGAUCGUCGGAAACUCCAGCGAGGGUCUUCUGGAAUUUUCUGUGGGGAAAUUUAGAUACCUGGAGCUCAAGAAGCCCUUUCCAGAGGAAGCUAUUUUGCGUCAUAUUUCCAGCAAUGUUACUUUUGUUAUUUUCCAAAUACACUCACAGUAUCAGAAUACAACAAUUUCUUUCUCUGAGGCUCUCCUUCCUAAUGCCUCAGGGACGGGCACUGACAAAGGACUGGUUUCCAUUCUUAGACCAGAGCAGAGUAUGUGCACUUGGCACUUGGAGACAUUCGACCCUGAGCCUGUCCAAAAUGUGGCCAUUCCACUGUCCUACUCGGAAAGCGAUCCUAUCCCCGGUGGCUGUAAUUUGGAGUUUGAUGUAGAUAUCGAUCCAAACAUUUACUUGGAGUAUAAUUUCUUUGAAACAACUAUCAAAUUUGCUCCAGCAAACCUAGGCUAUGCGAGAGGCGCAGAUCCUCCAUCAUGUGACGUCAAGACAGACCUAGACUCCAGGUGGAGGUUGCAGUAUGACGUCUAUCAGUAUUUUCUGCCCGAGAACGACCUCACUGAAGAGGUGUUGCUGAGACAUCUGCAGAGGAUGGCCGAGGUGCCUCAGGUGCGGGCCAAUGCUGUCAAGGUGGUCACCCUAACCGCUGACGAUAAGACAAGUGUUUCCUUCUCCUCCCUCCGGGGACAGGGUGUCAUUUACAAUGUCAUCGUUCGGGAUCCACUUCUAAACACGUCCACGGCUUACGUGCCCACUCACACGUAUGCUUGCAGCUUUGAAGCUGAGGAGGGUAGUUGUUCUUCCCUUGGAAGAGUCUCUACCAAAGUCUUCUUCACUCUUUUUGCCCUGCUUGGCCUCUUCAUCUGUUUCUUUGGACACAGAUUCUGGAAAACAGAACUGUUCUUUAUAGGCUUUAUCUUCAUUGGAUUCUUCUUUUAUAUACUGAUUACAAGACUGACACCUAUUAAGUAUGAUGGAAACCUAAAGAUUUUCCGUGUCGAUGCAGUAUUCUGGGUGACCUUCUCUUGUAUAGCCAUUUUCAUUCCGGUGGUUUUCAUGGGCUGCUUAAGAAUACUGAACAUACUGAGUUGUGGAUUCAUUGGCUCCUAUUCGGUGGUCUUGGCCGUGAACAGUUACCUGUAUACAAGCCUUUCUUACAUCACUUUGAACAUACUCAGGAGAGCACUCCAUGUGGAUUUCCGCAGAGCUUUCAUGAAUGUGCCUUUUCAAACGAAUGACUUUAUUAUCCUGGCAGUAUGGGGGAUGCUGGCUGUAAGUGGAAUUACGCUACAGAUUCGAAGAGAAAGAGGGCAGCCGUUUUUCCCUCCCCACCCGUACAAGUUAUGGAAGCGAGAGCGUGAGCGCAGAGUGACGAACAUCCUGGACCCCAGCCACCACAUCCCUCCACUGAGAGAGCGACUCUUCAGCCGAUUAGCCCAGAUCAAAGGGCUCUUCCAGAAGGAACAGCCGGCGGGAGAGAGAACGCCCCUGCUUCUGUAGAUGCCAGAACGCUUGGUCAGGGCAAUCUAGAAGUACAUCCCAGGUACCGUCUCAUGUUCGGUGUUGCUGCCCGGCUGCUUCCACAGUCUCUGGGGCAAGUCUGCUAAGGACCGGCUCUGCAUCUGUGCUUUGUACUGCAGUACUGUGGUCUCUUUAUUGAGAGAGGGUAAGGGCAUGCCUGGGAGAUGACAGUCAUUCUAAGUGUGAAAGGUGGUCAUAAUGUUGAUGGUAAGAAGGUUUUUCUUUAUUACCAAAUGCUUAAGAAAUUACAUUUUUGGUUUAUAAGUUAUGUGUCAACUUACUCCAUUAAGUAGAUACACUUUUAAAAAAAGAAAUUAAAAAUUAAUGGUUGUUCUGUAAAGCCAUGGUGGGUUUUUGUUUUUGUUUUUGUUUCUUUUUGUAACUCCUUGAACAAUUCUCUCACCGAAGUCUGGCUAAACUUGGGGACCAGGCAUAGAGGGCAGUUUUAUUUAAAUAAAUUUUUAUUUGCCACUGUGUUUGUAGUUUUGGGGGUUUGGUACUGCACCUUUGAACUUCAGAGUACAAAGGAGGGAGAACUAACUUAUUUUCUGACUACAAGCAAUCUGAUUACUGAGUUGCACAUAAAUAUCAUAUAUUAUCAAAAAUUACCCUUUUGUUUAUCUUUGUGAUAAAAUACAUAUUUACCCUAUCGAUCAUUUUUAAGUGUAUAUAUAGUUCAGUUGGUUCCCCUCAUCUUUGCCUUUUAUUGCUUAAAAUGGUAAUUUAAAUAGCUGAAAUAUUUCAACCAUUUGAAAAGAGGUCAAUUUAUAUAGAUGAUAAAGCUCUUAUAUGGAUGACUUAUUUAUAUUCCAGAUAAAAAGUGACUUUUUUUCCUUUCAAAACCUUUUAAGAUAGUUUUGACAGCUGAUUUCUAAUUUAAACUGCAUUCAGUGACAUAUAAAUUGUUUUAUUUUGGGGAGAUAAACUGGCUCCUAGCUUCAUCUAUAGUCCCAUUAAUAAGGAAACCUUUAAAAUAUUUGCAUUUUAUAGUCCUCUCUGCUAAAUUAGUUGUUAGAGCAUUGGUACAAUUUCAAAAAUUUCAGUAUGAAGUCUUUGUCCUAUCAGUGUUGUAAAUUGAUGAGGAGAGAAAAAGGACUUAGGUGUUGAAUAGAGCUGCUUUCAAUGAGGCCCUUGGAUUCUGUAAGGAGAGUCCCUUCAGUUCUGAUUUUGUUGCGCCAAAAGAAAGAACCCAGAUGCGCUGGGCUGCAUCCUUGCUCCUCAUGGCCUCUAACAACUGUCAAGAGUCUCCGCCAGGGUUCUACCUUGUAUCUGAAGCUGGUGACUGAGAUGCCUGAGUGGCUGUGAGGUUAGUUGUGGUUGUCCUCCUCCUAUUUGUGAGUUAACCACUAUUUAAAUGAUGCUGCUUUUACAGGUUUUUCAAUAUACAAUAGGUUUUUGACGCUUCCAGUAACUGGAAACUUUUCAGUUUUGCUCUUAAAAGUGUUAUGGAAAGGCUGAAACAAAAUGAAAAAAAAUGUAUAAUAAUUUCUUGCAUUGAAAAAUUAAAUUACACAGGUGUUUAUUUACUAUUUAUUUUGUAAUCUUCACUGUUUAUAUAACUUCAAAAAACACUUGAAGGAAAAAAAUGUGGUUUUUUUUUAUGAUUCACCAUAGAGAUUCUGUAUUCUGCUAUAUCAUAAAUUCUAACAAAGUGACAUGGAAUAUUUGUGUUUUUUUUCUAUACCAUCAAAAUGUCUGCCAGUAAAUAUUAUAAAGACAAAAUAUACUUUCUUGGAGGGGGGAGACAAAUUGUUUAAAAUUUUUCAUGAUAAUUUGUGAGUAAUAAGCCAGUUUGUUUAAUUUUUUAAUAAUAAAUACCUAUUUUGAAAAAAUCAAAAAA